AUGUGUUUCCUGUGUGCUACCUCGUUCGCGUCCAAUUUCGCUAUCGAGUCGCAUCUAGAUCUGUCCGUUUCUUCCGCCAACUCGGCGCAUUCUCCGCCGCCGCAUUCCAAAGACCCCUCUCGCCUGCGUGACGAUUCCUACUUGGCUGCCCCGUUGGCCCCAUCUUCUACAUCUCCAGGAGCGUCGAGUCUUUCGGCCACUGGUUCUCCUAGGCCCACAGGCCUCCCCACUCUGUCGAAAUACCGGGGCGCUUGGGACUCGUCGACAUCGUCUCCGGAGGACCGAAAAGCAGAGAGUAGCGUCUACUAUACUACCGCUUGGGGCUCACCGUAUGCUGCACCCAGUCCUCGACGGCUUUCGUGGUCAUUGAGUCAACACGCCGCGGUUGAUCGUGGUUCAGGCAUCAGCUCCCGGGCGUCGGUGCGCAGUGGUAUUGACCACGGAUCUGAAGCUAAUCACACCGAAUUGUUGAGGCCUCCCGCUCCGGAAAGUUCGAGUACCCAGCUGCACGGUGAUAUACCCGAUCGUUCUCCACGCCGAGAUCUAUUGAGUAGGAAAGAAGGAAAGUCCAUUAAAGACUUCACGCAAGAUUGGAUCAACCAGUAUCUCUCAGGCCAACCAAGGACCGAGCGCAGCAAUUGGCUAAGUGACGACUCCGGCAGUGAGGCUCCCUCGUUCUUCACAGCUCAGAACCAUUUCGCGGACGACUUCUCCGACGAUUGGCUUGGUUUAGAACAGGGUACCCGCGACGAAGACCUCCUAAAGACCCCGACACUCGCCGACUUUGUCAAGAGGAGGACGAUUGCAAGUCACGGUGAAAACGCCAUCGGCCGCCAACGAACCAAAGAUUAUCUACACCGGAGAGCGGAGACCUUAAGGCAAGAGGAUUUUUGGGGAUUCGCCUACGACAAGGAUCUCCAGCCCAUCACCAUGGCAGACACAAAGGAGGGACAACCUCCAACACAGCCGGAGCCGAGCAAGGCGCCCUUUCCGAGUGAGAAGCCGUUACCCCCUCCCCCAGCAGACGCUGUAAAUGAAGACAAUUCUGCAAUGGGACCCUCAGAGAUUCUUGAUCUAAAAAUUGCCAAGGAGAAUGUGGUAGAGGGGAAUAAUACUACUAGUAACCCCGUACAGAGGCUGAGGAAGAAAAUCAUUUGGCGCGGGAAGGCCUGUAUUAUCUCAUUUCCAAUGGAAGAUAAAAGAGGCACCAAAGAAUCUGGAUAUCGUCUAUUGACCACUGACGAUGUUGAACAGAAAUUGAAAUCUUGGGAAGAUCAAGGAUAUAGCAUUCGUGGGUUUAAUGUUGGUGUACCAGACGGUAGUUCUGUUGACGAACUAGGCGGACUUAGUCGCCCUUCUUACCCUGAUACCUCGGAGGUUCAAGAGGAAUGGAAGGCUGGGAACUAUUCCGUCAGUUUUCCAGAUAAACAUGUGUGGGACUCAUAUGUCACGGCCCUCCAGGAAGAAAAGCUACGGGCUUUGGGUGUCUCCCUCGGCGAGGAGGAAUUGCGGCAAUCCGCUUCACCUGCCAUGAGCCAGAUGGCAGCAUUUUCCGGACUAGGCACAUCACCACCGAUCCCGACAGCAUCGGCGGCCAGUAAUCCAUUGUCUGUGCCUCAUCCUUUCUCCCCACAAUUUAACCAGUCCGCGAACGCUGGCAACGGUAUAGGGAGCUUGGGGUCGCCUGUCUCGCAAUUCGGCGUACAAACCCCGUUCUUGGGCCUCGAGCAGAAUAUGCUACCUGGCUACCCUGUCCCGUUCCAGAAUACGCCCCCUGCCCAGGGCUCUCUUACUCCGCAGGGCUUCUUCAAUGCACGUCAUGCAGGUAACUCUACUCUUCCAGGUGCACCUCCAGACUUGGCAUCUGUUUUAUCACCCAUCUCGCCAUUGAAUGGACAAGGCGCCUUCCACCCGGGACUGAAUCAGCAGCCAGGCUCAUCGAGGGACGUGUGCAAUGAUCACAUGGAUCCUAGUGCUCAUGACAAUGCUAUGGGCGAUCAGCUCCGGCAUCCCGUCCGCACUCCUACAGAGAAUCUCGACAAUUUCCAUGCCUCGACGGUUGAAAUUGCUCAGCCUACUCCCCGAGGCCACAGCCGCGGUCAUAACCUGAGUGAAACCCUUCAGAAGGGGCUUGAUCAGAUAGGUCAAUCCGACUAUCAUUUGGAAAAGUCGAUAGAAAGGCAGCUUGAUGAAGGUGAUCACGAAACGGUUCAUAAUUUGGGAGGCUCGGAAUUGCUGCACAACCAAUGGGCUUUGCCUGAGACUGAGAAUCGUGACAUCCAACAUUUGCCUCAACAUGUGCAUCAAUUCUACAGUGGAGGAUACACGGGCAAUGAUAAUGCUCAGGAUGGUUCGGAUAUUGAUACAAACCCUAGUCUCUCUGGAACCCCUCGACGGCAUAAUCCACUUGCCAGUCACAUCCCGUGGCACUCAUCGAAACCAAGUGGUGGGUCGUAUGGUGGAGGACACCGGUCGAAGUUGUCAUCCUCUACCCUAAAUGUUGAUGCAAAGGAGUUUGAUCCAACAGCAUCUACGGCGGGACAGCCCUUCCCAUUCCAGAACAAUUCAUUCCAGUUCCCCAAUGUCGGUAAUGAUAUGUUUACCUUCGGCUCAGGGGCAGGAUUUAAGUCUUCUGUCAACUCCUUCGAAAUUGGGGUUCCUUCUUUUGCCCCGGCUGGAACACAUAGCCAUACUAGCAAUAUUGGAUCCGGCGAAUUUAAUUUCUCGUCUUCGUCCUUUAAUGUCACGGCCCCUGUGUUCAAUCCAGCCUACAGCGUUUACUCCGCGGGAUCUGAACAACCAACCGGAAGCAAAACAAAGAUCUUUGAAGACAUUGACAUUUCUCAAGUUUCAAAACCUGCGAAGAAGUCGAAAGCUAUUCCCAUCAUCCGGCCCGACGAUAACGGACCAGACAGGGGAAGCACAGAUGGAAGAGAAGCAAGUGGAAAACCAGCCGAUCGUCACAAACGUGCGCGACGUGGGGGUGUGACUUCUGACGAAGAAGUUCCAUUCAGCCCGGGUCAUGCUCUCACAGAAUCUAACGCUCAGGCAUCCCAGAUUCCGCAUGCGCCUCACAGAGCUGCCGAGGGCAAGGAGAAUACAGCCCCUUAUAACGAUGUGGUUGAUGGAGUGGAUCCCAUGCCUUCUUUGGCCCAGAAUGGGAAGGAGCGCAAGGAUACACCCGUUAGUGAAGCCUCAACCUGGGCAGCCUCUGGUACCAAGGAAUCUGCAGCUGCAGGCCCUGAGCCACCGAGACCUGAACAAGACCUGCACCCUGCCGGCGAGAAGUUUGACUCAAAGUCGACAAUCGCACAUGAGACAGCCACCCAACCUGACACUGAAGGGAUGGAGCAACACGAACCCGUGAAGAAGACCCCCCAGGCCAGUCUGAAGCGUUCAGUCUUUAGAUCAAAGAAGACUUUCACGUUCAAGCCUUCUGUUGCUGAAUUCAUACCAUUCUCAAUCGAUCCAGCAACUUCUAAGCCUGAACCGCCGAGGGAUGACUUGUCGGUUUCUUGUCAUGCUGUCCCAAGCCCACUCUCAUCCAAGCGGGAAACUGUACCUAAGGCUAUCCACCCGGAGACCGAGUCCGAUGUGAAGAAUGAACCAGCACCGACGCCUAAGCCUGAAUCCGAGUCUGAAUCACCCGAUGAGAAUGAAUUGAACGCCAUUAUGGAACAGCUCAAUGAGGACUCGGACGUCGGUAUCGAAAGAUUUAAUACGCCUCAUCCUACAGACCGUCUCCCAGAUUCGGUAGCAGGGCCGUCGAAAGAAAAACGACAUGUUCCUGCAGAGGUUAGAAGUGACCCCCCAAGCCCCAGCCCAGGACGGGGACCUGUGUCUCACGCGUUAAAUGUUCCCAAGCUUGACUUCGACGCCCAGUCUCAUCUAUCGGCCACUCCUACCAAGGGCUUCGUGUCCGGUGUUCCUUCGCCUAUUCGGCAGUUGAUUAACCAAAAUGACCAAAUCAGCGACUGGGAUGACAUUAUAACCUCUGGCGAAGAGGAGAAGUUGGUACAUAGAAGCCAGUUCUUCGAUCGUCGGAUUAACGACCUUGUCGGGUCUGUUGUCGAUGCACGCCUGUCUCCUCUUGAGCGUGCUUUGACUGCUAUCCAGCAGUCGGUCUCGGGUAUUACUCUGUCGACUCAAAAUAAACUAUUGUGGAGCACUCCUGCCGAGAUCGAAGAAAGCGAUGCCGACGAUGAAGAUGACGAAUACGUGGAAAACAUGUCAUACAGGGCAAGAUCCCCCUUCAACCAGAGGGAUCGAAAGCUUGAUAGGUUGAAAAACGUCAUCUUGGAGGUGCUUGCCAAGCGCGACUCUCAGGAAAUCACAGAGAAACCUGCAAAUUCAGAACUGAUCGAACUGCAAAAUAGCGUCGCCGAGCUACAGGCUAUGACCACGCAGAAGUUGGCCCACGACCCUACUGCUGGUCUUCGAGAAUUGAUCCAGGAGGCGGUCGCCAAUCAAUUCAGCAUCCAGAACGCUCGUCCCUCUGACGCCGAUGAAAUUGGUGCCGAUAGUCUUCUGCUCCAAAUUGAUGGCCUGAAGAAGAUGCUUCGGCUGACCGACGAGCGCGCAGAGCAAGAGUAUAAGCUGCGCAGGGAGGCCCAGGAUUCCAUUGCAGAACUCCAACGAUUGUUGAAGGUCGUUGAGGAUGAUGCCACUCGCCACAGCGUAGCUGCGGAGUCUGCCGAAGCACGCUUCCUCCAGUUUAAGGAAGAGAAGAUCCCUUACUUUGAACAGGUUCAGUUUAGGGCCGAUGCGCUCGAGCAAGAGCACGCCAAGCUCAAGCUGACUCUGGCUGAAAUUUCUUCAAAGAACAUUGAACUCGAGGGCACAUUAGACGAGUACCGCGUUUCUAGUGACAACUUGAAGCGGGACAGCGAGGGGACGAAGAGCGAACUUGAGGAAGUCAAGUUAGAAAAUAAGAACCUCCGUGGCUCCAUCGAUCACUUGAAGACACGCAUUGAGGAUGGUAUGAGUAUACGGCACAAUCUUAGCGAGAAACUCGAUAAGCUUCAAGAUGAGAUGACCACCGUGACACAUGACAUAACUCGCGACCAGGCCUCCUGGCGUAGACGGGAGGAGGAACACAUUUUCAAGUAUAACGAACUCCAAGCAGCUUACAACCGGGAAAUGAAACUUCGUGAGAAGCUUGAGGUCGAUAUCGGUGAGCUCGAGCAGCAGGAACGAGAAGCGGCAAAAUUGAAGUUCAUUUUUGGGCAGUCACAGCAAGAAAACGCUCGGUUGGAAGAGCUGGUGGCGAACCUGAGGGUCGAGAAUCACGAUCUAGAGAUCAAGGCAGCUCGUUUCGAACGUGAAUUCAACGAAGCCCGUGAGAGUAGUCGGGUGGAGAUCCAGCGCACCCGGACUUCAAUGGAGGCAGAUGUCGAGGCCGCGAAUAGCCAGGUUAACAUUGUCCGCGCUGAGCUGGAAGCACAGAUCCUUCGCCUCCAGAGCCAAAUGGACAAUGUUAGACUUGACAAUGACACCGGGCGCGAACGCUACGAGAUGUUGCUGGAAGAGGCCAAUGAAAACAAAGCCAAUGCCUUGGCUGCUGUAACUGAGACGAAGGACGCUGCUCUGGAAGAUCAGCGUAAGUUACAUGAACGAGUCCUUAACGACCUUCGCGAGCGGCACGCUCGUGCCCUGCACAACUCUUCCGAGGACCGACAGCGUGCCGAGUCCCAUCUAAUGGACAGGUUAGCCUUGUCGGAUGAAAAGGCUCACCACCUCGAAGAUCGCGUCCGGCAUCUUGAAGAGAAACUGGAAAUCGCCCAGUCCGCUGCUCGUGCCGCUGCCGAAGCCGCUCAGAUAGCCAAAGCAGGACCAGCUACGUCCGCUCCAGUGCCUUCCAAUACCCCAUCAAUGUCAUUCAACGGAUUCAUGGUUCCUGAAAAGAUCUCCCCACAAGCACUGCGCGAAUCCAUUCUUGUUCUGCAGGACCAACUACAACAGCGUGAGGCACGCAUUGAAGAGCUCGAACAAGAGGCUGCAGCUGUCGACACGGAUGCCCCCAACAAGCUCAAAGAAAAGGACACUGAAAUAAAUUGGCUUCGCGAACUCCUUGGGGUCCGGAUCGAUGAUCUUCAGGAUAUCGUCAACACUGUGUCACAGCCAUCUUUUGACCACAACGCUGUUCGCGAUGCGGCUAUCCGUCUGAAGGCCAAUCUGCAGAUGCAGCAACAGGAAAAGGAAAGGGCAAGUUCCGGGCAAGGUCUCUCAAGCCUUCCUUCACUCUCCGAGCUUACAGCAUCGCCACGAUCUCUUCCUCUAGCUGCGGCUGCAGCAUGGGGAAACUGGCGCAAGGCGAGAGAAAGUCUAACUGCCAACAACACCCCAUCUAAACCAAGUACUGCAUCUGCCUUCUUAUCCGGACUUUUGACGCCGCCGAGCUCCAAUACACGACAAGCGGCUCAGACUGGUAGUGCGCCCGCUACAGGCGCGAGGCGGUCAUCCGAAAGUCGCCCUCUACAGAGCUACAAUACCACGCCUAUGCCGCUGUCCACGCGCGCUGCCAGAAUGCGUGAGCCCCCCACCACUCCUCCUCUCCUCCGAAGGUCAAGCUAUGAUCAUGAUGCGGAGCCCACCGACUACGGAGAGAGCUCUCUAAGAGAGGAAAAUGAAAGCACGGCGGAUGGCCUGGUCUCGGCGUCUCCAAAAGACACGAGUGACGGACCGUUCGGACCACAAAUAACAUCUUCAUAA